AUGCCGGCCUUAACUAUCAGCUCAACCAGCACUGCGCCAAUGACCUUUCCUAAGGCCCCUCAUGUCAUCGGGCCCAAGACCAAGAAAGCCACACGUCCUACUGCAGAGAUACCCCAGUUCCUGAUCAAAGAGGCUCGUGCGACUGAGCAGGUCCCAUGGGAUGUGAGCAAACACCUUCGAUUCCAGCCUCCAGCCAAUAUCUACACGAUGAAGGAUAUCGGCCUCGAGGGUCACGGAAUCUCCACUACCGCCGUCUCAGACCCUUUCCCCCUAUUCUCCAAAGAGGCUAUGUUGCAGAUGAGACGGGAGAUCUUCAGCGAGUCAGUACUUGAGAACUGCCGCUACAGCUCUACCUUUACUGCGAAUAUGGUUCGUGGAAUGGGCCCUGCGCGAGCACCUUUCACCUACGACGCUUGGUGGUCCCCGGAAGUUCUUGCCAAGAUCUCCAAGGUUGCCGGCAUCGAGCUUGUCCCAGCAUUUGACUACGAGGUCGCCAAUAUCAACAUCUCCAUCAACGACGAAAGCGCCGACAUAACCGCUGAUCGUGAUAAGAAUUCAUCGGUCGCAUGGCACCACGAUAGUUUUCCUUUCGUUUGUGUGACGAUGGUUUCCGACUGCGAGGGUAUGGUCGGAGGUGAAACGGCUAUCAGGUUGCCUAGUGGAGAGAUCAGGAAAGUCCGGGGUCCGGCUAUGGGUACGGCUGUCGUUAUGCAGGGCAGGUACAUCUACCAUCAAGCCCUGAAGGCGUUUGGAGGUCGCGAGCGUAUCUCCAUGGUAACUGCGUUACGGCCCAAAUCACCGUUCGUUCGGGAUGAGACUAUCCUCACCGGUUCCCGACCAAUCAGCAACCUCGCUGAGCUCUACCCACAGUACACCGAGUACAGAUUAGAGGUCCUCGAGGAGCGUUUCCGGACGAAGCUAAAGGAGGAGCGACGUCGCGAGGUGCUGCGUAAGCCUUUUGACCUCGUCGAUAUCAGAGGCUUCUUGGCUGAGCAGAAAGAGUACUUGGAAUCUAUGCUGGAAGAGCUUUAUGAAGUUGAGUAA